AGAGAGACACGGCCGGGUGGAAAUCUGGCAUCCGCGAGCCGCAGAGACGCGCGGCAAACACCAUGGAACGAGCGGGCCCCAGCUCGGUGCGAUCGCAGCAGCAGCAGCGGGACCAGGACUGGGUGGAAGCGUGGCUGGAUGAUCACCGGGACUUUACCUUCUCUUACUUUGUUAGAAAGGCCACCAGAGACAUGGUUAAUGCAUGGUUUUCCGAGAGAGUUCACAACAUCCCUGUGUGCAAGGAAGGCAACCGAGCCCAUACCGAGUCCUGCUCCUGCUCUCUGCAGCAAAGUCCUCAUGCAGAUAAUACUACCCCUGGAGCACCAGCCAGAAAAAUCUCGGCCUCUGAAUUUGACCGACCUCUUAGACCCAUUGUUGUCAAGGAUUCCGAGGGAACCGUGAGCUUUCUCUCUGACUCAGGAAAAAAGGAACAGAUGCCACUAACCCCCCCAAGAUUUGAUAGUGAUGAAGGGGACCAGUGCUCAAGACUCUUAGAGCUAGUCAAAGAUAUUUCCAGUCAUUUGGAUGUCACAGCCUUGUGUCACAAAAUUUUCUUGCAUAUCCAUGGACUCAUCUCUGCUGACCGCUAUUCCCUGUUCCUUGUCUGUGAGGACAGCUCUAAAGACAAAUUUCUCAUCAGCCGCCUCUUUGAUGUUGCUGAAGGUUCAACACUGGAGGAAGCAUCAAAUAGCUGUAUCCGUUUAGAGUGGAACAAAGGCAUUGUGGGACAUGUGGCAGCUUUCGGUGAGCCCUUGAACAUCAAAGAUGCUUAUGAGGAUCCCCGAUUCAAUGCAGAAGUUGACCAAAUUACAGGCUACAGGACACAAAGUAUCCUUUGUAUGCCAAUUAAGAACCACAGGGAAGAGGUCGUUGGUGUAGCUCAGGCCAUCAACAAGAAAUCAGGAAAUGGUGGGACCUUCACUGAAAAAGAUGAAAAGGACUUUGCAGCCUAUUUGGCAUUUUGUGGUAUUGUUCUUCACAACGCUCAACUCUAUGAGACGUCACUGCUGGAGAACAAAAGAAAUCAGGUGUUACUUGACCUUGCUAGCUUAAUUUUCGAAGAGCAGCAGUCACUAGAAGUCAUUCUGAAGAAAAUAGCUGCCACUAUUAUCUCCUUCAUGCAGGUGCAGAAGUGCACCAUCUUCAUUGUGGAUGAAGACUGUCCUGACUCUUUCUCUCGUGUGUUUCACAUGGAGUGUGAGGAAGUAGGAAAAUCCUCCGAUCCCUUUACAAGGGAGCACGAUGCAAACAAAAUCAAUUACAUGUAUGCUCAGUAUGUCAAAAACACGAUGGAGCCACUUAAUAUCCCAGAUGUCACCAAGGACAAAAGAUUUCCCUGGACAAGUGAAAACAUGGGACAUGUGAACACACACUGCAUUGGAAGUUUGCUCUGCACACCUAUAAAAAACGGGAAGAAGAACAAAGUCAUAGGUGUUUGCCAACUUGUUAAUAAGAUGGAGGAGAAUACCGGCAAGAUUAAAGCUUUCAACCAAAAUGAUGAACAAUUCCUGGAAGCUUUUGUCAUCUUCUGUGGCUUGGGGAUCCAGAACACACAGAUGUACGAAGCGGUGGAGAGAGCCAUGGCCAAGCAGAUGGUGACAUUAGAGGUCCUGUCCUAUCAUGCAUCAGCGGCGGAAGAAGAAACAAGAGAGCUCCAGGCUUUAGCGGCUGCUGUGGUACCGUCUGCCCAAACCCUUAAAAUUACUGACUUCAGCUUCAGUGACUUUGAGCUGUCUGAUUUGGAAACAGCGCUGUGUACAAUUCGGAUGUUCACUGAUCUCAACCUUGUGCAGAACUUCCAGAUGAAACAUGAGGUUCUCUGCAGAUGGAUUUUAAGUGUUAAGAAGAAUUAUCGGAAGAACGUUGCCUACCACAAUUGGAGACAUGCCUUUAACACGGCACAAUGCAUGUUUGCUGCCCUGAAAGCAGGCAAGAUUCAGAACAAGUUGACGGAUCUGGAGAUACUUGCGUUGCUGAUUGCUGCUUUAAGCCAUGAUUUGGAUCAUCGUGGUGUGAACAACUCAUACAUACAGCGGAGCGAGCACCCGCUGGCCCAGCUGUACUGCCACUCCAUCAUGGAACACCAUCAUUUUGACCAGUGCUUGAUGAUUCUAAACAGCCCAGGCAACCAGAUUCUCAGUGGCCUCUCCAUUGAAGAAUAUAAGACUACACUGAAAAUAAUCAAGCAAGCAAUUUUAGCCACAGACCUGGCUCUGUACAUUAAGAGACGAGGAGAAUUUUUUGAACUUAUACGAAAAAAUCAAUUCAGUUUUGAAGAUCCUCUUCAAAAGGAGUUGUUUCUAGCCAUGCUGAUGACUGCCUGUGAUCUCUCUGCGAUUACUAAACCCUGGCCUAUUCAACAACGGAUAGCAGAACUUGUGGCAGCUGAAUUCUUUGAUCAAGGAGACAGAGAGAGAAAAGAACUGAACAUGGAGCCGGCUGAUCUAAUGAACAGGGAGAAGAAGAAUAAAAUCCCAAGUAUGCAAGUUGGGUUCAUAGAUGCCAUCUGCUUGCAGUUGUAUGAGGCCCUCACCCACGUAUCAGAAGACUGUUUGCCCUUGCUGGAUGGCUGCCGGAAGAACAGACAGAAAUGGCAGGCCCUCGCAGAGCAGCAUGAGAAGAUGCUCUUUAAUGGGGAGAACAGCCAGGCCAAGCGGGACUGACAGCCUCCCUCAGCCCCGCCCCCACCCA